UCCCGACUUCAUGCAGUAAACAUUUUUCGUUCACGCUGUAAACCAGUUGUCAUGACAACGGUGUAGAGGCGAGUAGCAUGUGUGUGUGUUGUUGGUGAUUAGAAAAAUCAUAAGGAUGAUAAACUAGCUACAGUGGCACAAUGUGACAAAAUGGAUGUUCUUGAUGCUCAGCAGUUUCUCGUAAGUUGCACUGCAUCACUAAUUGAGCAGCAUGGAGUGUUUGACCUGGAGGACAAGAAGGAUAUCCCACAGAAUAUUGUGAUGGUCAGACUGAGCAACCGUAUGCUUAAAAAUGUGGUGCAUUUCGAGUGUUGUCAGUCAUUGAGGAUUUGUAUCCUUGCCAACAACUUCAUCAACAACAUAGCUGGUUUGUCAGAAUGUGUGCAUCUAGUGAAAUUAGAUCUGAGUGGAAAUCAGAUAACAGAAUUACCAAAUGUAGGCUUUUGGAAAAAGUUUGUGGAACUACAGCUACUAAAUCUGCAUGACAACAAUAUGUCAACCAGGCAGCAUAUCAUAGGGUUAUAUGGCUGUUCAAAUUUGGCUGCCCUGACCUUGCAUAACACACCCUUGAGUCUGAUGGAAAACUACAGGCACUGUAUGGUCAACAGCUUGUGGUCACUGAAGGCUUUAGACAAGUAUGUCAUUUCUGAUGAGGAGAUCAUUGAGGGCUGUACCAUCCUUCCUAAAUUCAAGCAAAUGACCCCUCAUUUAGCAAUUGAUCUUCACCCUGCUUCAAAAAUGGAAACCUUCAAGAGUGAGAUGAAGUUAGUCAUGAAGACAAUAUCAAAGAUUAAUCAGAUCCAAGCACAUUAUUCCCCAACUUUAAUCAUCCAAAGAUGGUUCAGAGGUUAUCUUACCAGGAAAAGUCUUGGUAUCACAAGUUCAGCAUGGCAUUGGAGAAAGAUAAAAAAACAGCUUUCACCCAUCAUAUCUGAGGCCACAAUUACUGAUGACCCUCUUUAUUCUGACAAACAGCCAACCAUGGUUGGCAAACAUACGGAUGAUCAGAAUGAAGGGGAUUUGAAAAUGAAGCUUUUCAUGAACUUGCUCACUGGUACUACAGUGGUUGUACAUGAAGAACGGGCUCUUUCAUCUACUAAUAAAAAAUGGAAAGCCUGUACCCCUCCCACCCCCCAGAACAGUAAAGUUUUAAGUUGCAACACAUCCAUAGGGAAAGAUGUCACAGACCUAUCGGAGGAGCUGCAGAGCCUGGCGCUGGAGACUGCGGGUGUCCACCUGUAUUGCCACAAGGCUGUCCUCCACCCGACGGACCCCGUCACCAACAUGCACCUCUCGCGUCAGCAGGACGGCAAGGACGUCCGGAGGGACCUCCGCCAGCUCCAAAGCCGAAAACCGAGCCCCGAGAAGCCGCCGCACCCUCGGCUCCCCAUGGUCACUGCAGAGCAGCGGCUGAUGGACCGCUGCCAUGCCGGCAUCAACCUGGAGGUCUUCGACAUCGUCGAGCGAGCCAACCGGGUGCGCGAGCGCGACGAGGCGCUCAGGAAGACGGUCGAGCACGUCACGCAGGCCCAGGCGAGGAGGGAGGAGGCGCGGGAGUACAGGGACGUGGUCAUGGAGGGCCGGCGUAAGGAGGCGCUGCAGCGGAGGGAGCAGGAGCAGGUGGAGCUGCGGAACGCGCUGCUGCGGCUGAAGGCCGACCAGAACCACGAGGCGCAGUCGGCCAGGGAGAGGCACGCGCUGUGGCUGGAGACGAGGAAACUCAAGAAGCUAGAGAAGACCAAGACGGACGACUUCUGCUGCCGCCACCUCUCCCUGUGCAAGGUCAUCGCCAAGCAGCAGGACCAGCAGAGGCGCACCGCCAUAAUGCAAGAGAGACAAAGCCUGGUGACAUCCACCCGGGCACAUGUAGCCAAGCAAAAGCAGCUGAUCCAGAAGUACUUGGAGCGCAGGAAACAGUCCAUUAAGGAAAGUACCAUGAUUUCUCGAAUGACACUGGACUCUUAUAAGCUGAAAGUGCAUAAUAACCUGCUCCGGGCAGCCAAGGUCCGGGCGGCGAGGAUCAAAUCCAGUCAUGCAAAGACAGCAGCCACAAAAACACUGGUGUUUGAGAGAACCACUUAAAGAAACACAUAGCAUAAACAUCACAGUUAACAAAAGACAAAUCAACCAUGAGAGAAAU